AUGUUGCCACGAACCACUUACUCCAACGAGAUGCAGGAGCGCACCAGAACCGAGCGCAACUUUGUGAAAACGGACAAGCUUAAUGAUAUUUUGUCCUAUCUUGGUUCAAGGAACCCGUUGCCGCGCAAUGUCUCGGCCACGGACACGGUGUGGCUUCUAGACAACACGGCAUAUCGCAACAGCAAGACGGGCAAAUGGGAGGCCGAGUUCGUGUCGGCAGUAUUUGCGAAAGACUGUUCUAGCUCGAUAAUUGAUGCCGUUUCUACUGUCGCAAAGGAGAUUGGACUCGCGGAAGGCGAUCCAGGACACCUGACAAUUGGAGAACGCAUUAACCCUUUUCUCCAAGAUAUUCGACCCGGGACAAAAGUCAACGCUUUACAUCAACCCAAUGAUUACAAGCUUAUUCUUGGCCCUGGAGGGAGGAAUGGUAUCAGCAACGACGUCAAAAAGCUCCCAGAUAGGACAAAUGUUGAUGAACUGGGCUAUACCAUUGCUCAGGUACCAAAGGAUGCUGAGGGCUUAAAGGAAAUGAAAACCUUCUAUGCAGAACCUGAAGGAUGGGGAGUUAUAUCCGACAUCGAUGACACGAUCAAGGUCACCAUGACUUCUGAUCCUAUUGGUAUUCUGCGCUCAACCUUCGUAGACAAGCCAACACCUUGCACAGGAAUGCCAGAACUCUAUGCGUAUUUGCAGUCGCAUAUUCCGAGGAACUCGCCAUUUUUCUAUCUUUCUGCGUCACCAUAUAACCUGUACCCGUUCUUGCGAGAAUUCAGAACAAAGUAUUACCCCCACGGCACAAUCAUUUUACGCGACUCGAGCUGGAUGAGCCUCCCUGGCCUCCUCUCGCAACUCACCUUGGCAACUGGAGAGUACAAGGUCGACCGGAUGAAGAGGAUUCACUCUUGGUUACCGCAAAAGAAGAUGAUAUGCAUUGGCGACUCAACUCAGGCAGAUCCCGAAUCAUAUGGUGAGAUUUAUCGAGCGUUUCCUGGCUGGGUCAUGGUCAUUCUCAUUCGCAAGGUCACCGACAUUGCCGCGAUUGGCAUCGAAGCCAAGAACGAGCCGGAGAGAUUUGAAAAGGCUUUCAAAGGUGUGCCGCGUGAAAAGUGGCAUGUUUUCGAACAUCCGGCGGAAUGCAGGUCUAUUCUUCAGAAGCCUUAUCCAUACGCUCUCACACACUUUGCUACACGUUGGAGGAUUCACUCUCAUUCAGAGUUCAUGCCAGCUUCUAAGCGCCAAAAGUCAUCCAAGGAUGUCCCUUAUGAGCUGAUCUACUGGCCCGGUAUUCCUGGCCGCGGAGAGCACGUUCGCCUUGCACUCGAGGAAGCAGGAGCCACAUAUACGGACACAGCACGUCUCAAGGAUGGCAUGGAUGUCCUGACGGCACAGAUUGGCGCCAAGAAUUUGGGAGAUGAUCAAAACCCGCCUCCACUUGCUCCGCCCAUACUCAAGCAUGGAGAGCUGAUCAUUGGUCAAACAUCCAACAUUCUGCUCUAUCUUGCGCCUCGAUUAAACCUGGCUCCUUCUGUGGAAGACGAUGAGGACGGAUUGUACAAAGUGAACCAGCUGGUCUUGACCGCGCUAGACGGUCUGAGUAACGAGGUCCAUGACUGCCACCACCCUAUCGCAACGGGACUAUACUAUGAGGACCAAAAAGAGGAGAGUUUACGUAAGAGCAAGGACUUUGUGAAAAAUCGCCUUCCCAAGUUCCUCGGCUACUUUGAAAGAGUCCUCAAAGGAGAGGCUAGUGGUGAAGGUCCCUGGCUCUAUGGUGGAAAGCUUUCGAUCGCAGAUUUGGUGCUGUUCCAGUGUAUCGAUGGAACCAAGUUCGCUUUCCAUAAGGCCAUGGCAGCGGCUGAGAAGGGUGGCAAGUAUGAGAAUGUGUUCAAGCUAUACGAAGCAGUCAAGGGACGACCUCACAUCCAGGAUUAUCUAGCGAGUGAUCGGCGCCAGGAGUACUCCAUGGGUAUCUACAGAUACUACGAAGAGCUCGACGUGACGGAGUAA